AAAUUAGCUUGCCCUAUAUGCCUUGGAUGCCACCCCCACCAGAUCCAUGAAUGCAACAACCCAAACCUAUGGGAUGGCUCUCCCACUCAUGCCAGGUGCACCACAGAAGGCCACAUCAUUGACAGCAAGGGUUACAUCCUAUGCAGUAAUUGGCAGAAGCCCAACAGUUGCAGCCUCUCACACAAGUCUGCCAAGCAUGAGUGCUCCAGGUGUGGGAGUUGUGAACAUGGAGCUCAGCAAUGCCAUCAUGCACACAAGCACACAAGCACUAACCCCAUACAAGCCUGA